UGUCGUUCUGACUGGGAUCAUUGACGCCUCGCACCGCGAUUGAGUUUCAUUUCAGCUUGCGUUUUGCAUUCCGCGAAUAUUCAGCAGCUGUAGUUCGCCGACGACCGCGAGCGCGAUAACAACACUUUCACCCAGCGAAGCGGAUCGAAAUGGCCAAGCCACAACACAUUCUGCAGCUGAGUGAGGAGCAGCGGCGCAGCUUCGUCGGCUCCUUCGACCGGGUGCUCAGCGACAUCGAUGGCGUCCUGUGGACCUUGGAGCACGAUGUGCCGCGGGUGGCCGACGGAUACGCUGCCCUCGAGCGGACCGGCAAGCAGCUGACCUUCGUCACCAACAACAGUGUGCGGACGGUGGAGCAGUGUGUGAGGCGCUUCGCCAAGAUCGGGAUGCAGGUGCUCCCGGAGCAGAUCUGGCAUCCGGCGCAGUCCAUCGUCAACUAUCUGCGGUGCAUCAGCUUCCAGGGCCUCAUCUACAUCAUCGCCAGCCAGCCGUUCAAGGCGGUGCUCCGCGAUGCCGGAUUCCAGCUCCUGGACGGGCCCAACGAGUUCAUCGAGGAGAACUACGAGAGCCUGGCCAAGCACAUCUUCGACCGACAGCCGGUGCGCGCAGUCGUCAUCGACGUGGACUUUAACCUGAGCUCCCCGAAGUUGCUGCGCGCCCACCUGUAUUUGCGGCACCCGGAGUGCCUGCUGAUCGAAGGCGCCACCGAUCGCCUGCUGCCGGUGGCCAAGGGCGUGAACAUCAUCGGGCCGGGACCCUUUGCCUCCAUCUUGGUGGAGGCCAGCGGCCGGGAGCCCAUCACGCUGGGCAAGCCGGGUCGCCAUCUGGGCGAACUGAUCGUCGAGCACUACAGGAUCGAGCAGCCCGGCCGAGUGCUCAUGGUCGGCGAUAUGCUGGCCCAGGAUGUCGGCUUUGGGCGGCAGUGCGGCUUCCAAACGCUGCUCGUCCUCAGCGGCGGCUGCACGCGGGAACAGCUCCUGGCGGAGACGGAUCCCCGCCACAUUCCGGACUACUUUGCGGACAGCAUGGCCGACGUGGCCCAAAUCCUGGGCGAAGGGCCCAGAUCGCAUGUCUAGUGGUACUCCGCCAAAAACUGGCAAAUGAGAUAUCUGCACUGUUACAAAAACUUAGUAAAUCCAAAUAUUCUGUACUCAAUUUGUAUAAUUUUCGCUUUUUAGUUAUUUUAAACAUGAAAAUAUUACAUUUUUUUUUAAAUUUUUCAACUGACUAUUUUCGGAAAUGAUUUCAAUAUCUAAAAAAAAAUAAUUUAAAUUUAAAACAUAUUUAACUUUAAAAAAUGCAUUUCAUUCAUAUAGGAACUUUUUUAAAUCUCAAAUGUUCCACGUUGAUUAAAAUAUUUUAAUGUUAAAUCAUGCAAUUUAACAUGCACUGUAUUUAAUAUUUAAUUUGAAUAUUAAAUAUAAAAUUUUUAACUCAAUAGUCAGAUAUAUUUUUUUUUACUAUACCAUUUUUUUUAUCAGUGUGGGACUACCCCGGAAUAGUCGUUACAAAAAUAGUUAUUGAUUCAUGAUUGCUAUUAGCACAAACCCGUAUUUUAUUCGUUAUCUGAAAUAUAACUCACUAAGCUAACAAAACUAUAAUGUUUAAUGUUUAAUUGAUUUCAAAGAUAUAUUUAAUGAUUUAUAUAAACGUCGCAACGAUCGGAAUUCGUGUAACAGGAGUAAUCAAGCGAUUCGAGCCCUAUGAGCUAUAAAUGUACAUUAGGCCGGUUUUUUAUAAGGAAUUUUACCCUCACCCUUUUAAUUGGUAGAUAUUGGAGCAAAAUAAAUUUAAUUAAUAUCCAAACUAUUUUAAAUUAAGUUUAAGGCCUUGCGCAAUGUUCUCAAAGUUUCCAUAAAAAUUACUCAUACGGCACGUAAACCAGUAUAAGAGUAAUAAGCGUUUUCUUUUUUAUAUGCCUUAAAUGCACCAAAGCGCAAAGUAUAAGGGAGUGAGAGUUGGGCCUUCGAUUUUUUCGUACAAAAAAAACCACCCUAAUGUACAUAUAUACUGGAGUCGAAUAGCAUUAUCUAAAAUAAACAUACAUAGCUCACUCUAAGCUAAGAAAACCAUAAUAAAUAUUUAGAACUUGA